AUGUUAUCACAUUCUGCCAUGGUCAAAGAGAGGAAACAACAAGCGUCAGCCAUUAUGGAUGAAAUACACAGAAAUGUCUCACCCAGCUUAAACCUCGGAAAAAAAGUCAGCACUCCCAGAGAUAUCAUGGUAGAGGAACUGUCAACACUCAGCAACAGAGGUGCGAGACUCUUCAAGAGACGUCAGCGGAGAUCUGACAAAUACACAUAUGAAAAUUACCAUUAUGUAGCAAACAAGCCAAGAAAUCGCGGAGAGCCCAUACAGAGUGUUAAAAUGGACGGCCUCAGCGUGGAAGGAAUUCCCCAGCAUGCCCCAAUGACACCUCCUAACACACCUGAUCCCCGGAGCCCACCACAUCCUGACAACAUUGCCCCAGGAUAUUCUGGACCACUGAAAGAAAUUCCUCCUGAAAAGUUCAACACUACUUCUGUGCCAAAGUAUUAUCAGUCUCCCUGGAUAGAAGCCAUUAGGGAUGAUCCAGAGCUGCUGGAAGCUUUAUAUCCUAAACUUUUUAAACCUGAAGCAAAGCCAGAACUGCCUGACUACAGGAGCUUUAACAGAGUUGCCACUCCCUUUGGUGGUUUUGAGAGAGCAUCAAAGCUGGUUAAAUUCAAGGUACCAGAUUUUAAUCUACUGAUGCUAAAUGAUCCCAGAUUCAUGAUCCUUGCAAACCCUCUUGCUACCAGAAGAUCCUUCAAUAGGACUCCUAAAGGAUGGACAUCCGAGAAUAUUCCUGUAGUGUUCAUUCAGCCUUCGGAUUCCAACACUGUUCCAGAAACAGAGGACCUGUGA